CUUAUGGGCCUUGUCUGAGCCCUUGUUGAUUUUUCAUUGAUUUAAUUUUAAAGGCCCCAGGCCAAUGAUACACCACGUGGCAAAACAUGACUGGCUGCUUCAGCUGAGCGAGCAUAUGUUUUAUCUCGAAGAACUGAGAGAGAGAGAGAGAGAGAGAGAGACAGAGAGAGAGAGGGGCAAUGGCGGGUUCUUCGUUGGCCUUAUCCGGCAUGAGCUCCAUCUGUAAGAGCUCGAUGGCCAUGUCGCGUACUUGUCUGAGCUCCGACAUCACUACUCGCCCUUUGUCCUCUUCUUCUUUUUCUUCUUCUUCCUCUUCUUCUCUGUGGGUAAAGAACAAAACCCACUGCACGAAGAAGCUCAGACUCUGCGUUAAAGAUCCAUCACAAGGAAUCCCCAGCGAAACAGACGAGGAAGAGUCCAAAUUCGUUCCCCUCAACGCAGAAGAUCCCCAAUUCGGCCCUCCUGCUCUGCUGUUACUGGGUUUUCAACUUGAUGAAGCUCUCAAGAUACAGCAGCUUCUCACGGAGCUCGAUGGCGAAUUCAUGCAGGUACAUAUCCCCUAUUCAUAUCUAACUCCUGCAACAAAGAAUUCCAAUUUAACGUCUGUGUGGUUGAAACUCCAGAUUAUAUUAUGCACUGAGGAAAUGAUCACACGGUCGUUAUGGGAAGCUGUCAACACUAGACAGCCUGACCUCAGACGAGUUCAGAUGGCGAAGUCUCAGCCACGGAUCUGCUUCUUAUCUGGUCUGAGCGGGGAGGAGACGAUGAUGUUCAUUGAUGCGUUCCCGGAUACAGGGCUCGAGCCAGCAGUAUUUGCGGCACUUGUUCCAAACAGCGCUGAUAAACUCAUCCAGGAACUGAUAGAAGAAAUCAUGGGAGAUCAUGAGAUGCUGACCGGGGGCGCUUCCAGCUGAACUUCGACGAGGGGCACAACAGGACAAAUUCACAAAGUGUAAUCCUUGAGUCACAAGCUGAGACUUUUAUCUAUUUAUGUCUUCAGCCGAGGAAUAGCAUUGAGGAAAAGUUCUUCCAAAACUGCCAUAUGAACCUUGAUUUGUUUGAAGCCUUGUGUCUGGGAUUAUGAAGAAGAUGAGUAAAGUUAGUCGCCA